UCCUGAAAUGUCCGACAACCGCAUUUAUCGUACCCGGUCACUUGGCAUCCCUGCAGCAGGCCUCAAAGAUCAGUACUCUGAUGGAACUGCUGCCCACCUCUGGGAGCUCUACAUUGGGGACAAGAGCCAACGCACAGCUGUCUACAGAAAGUUCAUCACAGACCAGCUAAAGGCACGCAAUUGCAUUACAGUGCUGGAUGUUGCUUGCGGCACAGGGAUUGACUCAGUGAUGCUGCUGGAGGAAGGCUUCAGGCUGACGAGCGUCGACCUCUCCGACAAGAUGCUCAAGUAUGCGCUCAAGACGCGCUGGAAACGCAGGAAGGAACCUGCCUUUGAUGCCUGGGAAAUCGAGGAGGCUAACUGGAUGACGCUCACGGAAGACAUAUACGGAGAGGAGCAGUUCGACGCAGUCAUCUGCCUCGGCAACUCCUUCGCCCAUCUGCCUAAUAAGGAACUCGACUUCGCUAACCAGAGGUUGGCAUUGAGCAACUUCUGCGCGAUGGUGAAGCCUGGGGGUGUGCUGCUCAUCGACCACAAGAACUACGACGACAUCCUCGAGCGCGGAACAUCGCCCACUCACAACAUCUACUACAACGGUGAGCACUUGGAGUCGAUCAUCACAUCAGUGGUGGUGACGGAGGGAACGCCUGUGCUGGUGACGCUAGACUACGUCAUAAAACUCGACGGUGACAAAGAUCUCAGAGACGACACCGACUCUGAGCGGGCCAAGCGUGGCAGGCUUCAGAAAGUUACGCAAAACAAGUUCCGUCUCUCGUGCUUCCCUCACCGUCUGGACUCCUUUACUUCGCUGCUGAAGGAGACCUUUGGGCCCGAGGCUCAACACAGCGUCUACGGGGACUUUCAGCCUCUUGGGCACAUUCCUAGUCCUGUCUUUUAUAUCCAUCUUAUAGAGAAACCUGCCCGCUAGGAUAUUGUCAAUUGUUUCAGUUAUGCCUAGGGAAAUGACAUUAGAUGUAGAGCAGGAAUUUCACAGCCUCAUUAUACGAGCGUAUGAUCGUGUUCAAAUUCAUCGAUAAUAUUUUAAAUACCCUAUUCACCGAAUAAUGUUAAGAUAAUACCGAGAAAGCGGGAUUUGAAAAUUAUCCCAAAGUUUAACGCCAUGAGGCGAUCUUUGCAAACAAAUCAACAGGAUCUAGACAUUAAAGAAAAAGUUUAUGAAAUAGCUACCAGUUGAAUGUUAGGGUAGUGGUGUUGAAGAGUGUUCUGAACUGUAUUGACCAGACAUUAUCAUGUAAAAUUAUCAUGUGUGCAUUACUCAAUAUUUGUUGUGAUUUGACACUAUUGAAUUCAUAAUAAUAAAAGUGUGGGCUUGAUUCUUAUAUUUGUGUCAUUUC